GCCGGCGAUAAGCUGGUAGCGGCUGCUAGGAAGGGUGAUGUCGCAGAGGUGGCUGCUCUGCUCGAGUGGAACCCCUGCCUCGCGAGGUACUGCACCUUCGCCGCUCAGAACUCACCUUUACAUUACGCCGCCGCAAAGGGGCACGUUGAGAUAGUCACGCUUUUACUGGAGAAGGGCGCUGACGUGAACUCCCGCAACUACUCCGGGCUGACACCAUUGAUGCAAGCAUGUCGGUAUGGCCAUUGGGAGAUCGUGCAGGUCCUGCUUCUGUUCAGAUGCAACGUUUCGAGGGCUGCGUACUUUAACGGUCAGACGGCGUUGCACUUCGCCGCUGCAGGCGGCUAUGUGCGGUGCAUCAGGCUACUAGUUGCAGACUUUGUUCCGAGCGCUCCAUUCUCAAUGACAGAUGAAGGGUUGAAGAACAUCAAGAGCACUGAAUGUUCUUCUGCAGUUGAAUUUAAUCAAUUAGCUCUAUCGAGGUUGGUCAACAAGGUGGCUGAUGGAGGUUUGACGGCGCUACAUGUGGCGGCAGUAAGAGGGCAUUUUGAUUGCGUUCAGCUGUUGCUUGACUUUAAAGCAAAUGUAUCCGCAACAACCUUUAAUUAUUAUUCAUCCUUUAGAGCCAUAGGAGCUGGUAGCACUCCUCUUCAUUAUGCGUCUUUCGGCGGAAAUUUUAAGUGUUGCCAGGUCCUCCUUGCUAGAGGAGCUUGCCGAUUGACUCUGAAUUCUAAUGGAUGGCUUCCUGUUGAUGUGGCUAGGAUUUGGGGACGACAACACCUUGUGCCACUGCUGUCACCCAAUUCUGAAUUGAAAUUGCCGUUGUUUACUCCAUCAAGCUACUUAUCUCUGCCUCUUAUGAGCAUUCUUAACAUAGCAAG